AUGGCAAAUAACCCUAGUGAAGGUUUACUUCUUCCUGAAAACAAAAAAACUCUCUUUUUCAGACAAAUAGAUGAGAUUGUUAAGAGCUUAAAUAAUCAAUCAGAAGUUAAGGCUGAACAAUCACAAUUACUAAUAGAAUUACUCAUUCAAGAUAUUAUGGAAAAUCAAUUAAGUAGAGAAUAUCGUAUAAGCUUAUGUUACAAGUUGAUUGAGAAGGAAAAUCUUUUUAAAAAGAUCUUAGCAUGUAAUAUUAUUCAAGAUAUGGUAAAGAUUAUACAAGGCCAUACUAUUCAACAGGAUAUCGAAACAACUGGUUCAUUUGAUCAAUCAAGUGUUAAUGAAAAGUCUAAACAUUCUAUCAUACCAGAUGGUAAUGAGGGAAUUAAUGUUUCAGUUCAAACCCAUCUAGACCGAUAUGUCUUGAAACACAAGUUUGUUACUAGCCAACCUAUAAUACCAGUGUACAUAAUUUUAUUCCUUAAAAGGCUAGAAUACGAGUACAAGAAAAAUGAGAGAAAUAAUGACUCUUUAGUAUGGGACAGUAAUAUGAAUUCUAUUAUUUCUGAUUUUGUUUGUAGAUUAGCUAAAUAUGUAAAUCAUCCAAUUGUAUAUGCCACUUUACUGUCAGAGGGAGAAACUUAUUUGAACUCAACCAACGAAAGUACACAAAUAUUUAAAAGUUUAAUGUUAGAAAGUGUAGAAAAAACAUAUCACCUUAGUAACUUUGAAAAUGUCUCCUCUUUAGAAUAUCAAGAGUAUAACUAUGGGUUACUUCCAGAAAAUGUCCAACACAAACUGCUAACAGCCUGUUCUGAAAAAAAGACUGAAAACACCUCUUACUUUCAAAAUUUGAAAACUUUGAUUGUUAAAAAAAGAGUUUAUGAUUCUGCCCUCAAAGCUAAUCAUGUACUAUUUUCUGAUGAUUUAGAGGAAGUUUUAAAACACGAGUCCACAAGCUUUGAGCCACUGAAGAGAUUGAAAACAGAAACUAGCGAUUACUUAGCAUUGAGAGCUAGAAGUUUAUUGUAUCGCAAUUGUUUCAAUAGUCCAACAAUAACUCAUAGGGCAAAGACUUUUUUUGACGUUUCAAUGACAAUUGCUAGAUUUAAAGAUUUUGAAACAUCUAAACGUAUUGCAUUUGACAAACUGUUACUCUCUCUUUCUGAAAAACCACACAAUUAUUUAAUAAUAGAGGAAUAUGCUACUCCAAGAAUAGAAAGUAAGCAAAUUGAAAGACCCUCACCACAUAUUGACUGUAUGGAAGAUUUCUCUGCUCUGUGUGAAUUAUGCAAUUUACAAAAAAACCCAACUAUAGAUUCAAUUAAUAUCAGUGAGAAAUCAAAACCAGACUUAUCUCAUAUUAAUCUAGUAUUCUUGGGAGAAUUAUUUAAAAAUCUAAUUAAUUUAGGUGAUUGGGCUUUUAUUAGGGAUUUCUUUAAACAGAUACAAACAGUAUAUGAGCAAAAUACAUCUGAUGAUGUUCAUAUUGUUUUUUGCAGAUUUGCAAUACUAGUUGAAUCAUUAGCUUAUCAUAUGCAUGCACCAAGAAAUGGGGCUCCUAAAAAAGUGUUCAAAGAUUUGAAAGAUGAUAUUUAUAAGUUUGUGAAUAACUUGAUUUAUUUACCAGAUCAAUAUCAUUACGAAUCUGAUAGUCUUAAUUUUGAGGACGAGAAUAGACUAAGAUGGGAUGACUUUCAUUUACUCGUUUCAACAAACAAUCUCAAGUUCCUAAUGGAUCUAUCAGUAAUGUUAUCGUUUGUUUUAGUUUCAGUAAGAAUGACUGUUGUAGGAAAUAGAUCCACAUCUCCUCCAAUGUUAAGAAAUCCAACUCAACCAAUAAUGACAGGUCAUUACAAGCAUUUAGCAAAACUAAUAAUGCCUGAAUAUUUUUGUAGCUCUACAAAGAAAAAUUGGUUACUUGGUAACGAAAAGUUUGUAGAAGAUACCUUAAUAAUAAUGCUUCAACAUGUAUUGGAGCGUGUAAUUAAUUUGCAAGAACAAUCUUCAACCAAACCUAUUAGUAGUUUCUACCUUUUUAAAUGCUGUCUUGCUGACGUAUAUUUCGAAAAGGGUAAAUUUAGAAGAGCUUUAGAAUUGUAUUUGGAAUGUGGAGAAAUGAGUUUCCCUCAUUUCUAUAAACCAUCCAAUGAGGAAGUUGUUGAAAGAAUGUUUAGAUGCCUAGUUGAGUUGGGAGAAUACACAGCAGCAGCUGUUCUACAUCAAUUUGUUCACAGCACUUACGAUAAUGAAAUUGAAAGUCAAUCCAGAACACACGUUAUUUCUGACAAUUUCAUUAACACUAACAACAGAAUUGGUUAUACAAAAGAAAUAAUUGAUAAUUUAUACGAAUCUAAUGGUCUAAACGAGAGGUGGUUGUUGUAUUUUUAUGAUCUAUCCUAUUUGGAAUUGGUAGUCCAUGUAGCACACCAGAAAGGAGAGUUUAGUAAGGAAGAUUUGAUAAUUCAACACAUCCAAAGAAGUGAAAUUAAUUCCAAUAACAAAACAGAGCAUAGAAAAGAAUAUAUCCAAGCAAUGAAGGAAACAUUUUUACGAAGAUUAUAUCUUCAUAUAACCACCUUCUUGAAAAAUUAA